AUGCCACGCAGCGUUGUCCUGCGCAGCUGUCUUUCUUCGCAUCCAAACUGUGCUGUUUCUUUUCUUCUCUUUCCUUCAUGUUUCAUUCACACAUUUGGAACACCAGCACAUUUUCAUUUCUUCUCCACUCCAGUCAGCAUGCAGACGGCGCCGACGCGACGCGUCAUCCAUCUCUGUCAAGAAUCGGCCACCAUUCAAUGGCCGUCUGGCCAGCCCGGCGGUGCUGUGGUGCUGCUCAGCGGGCGAGCGGAGCUGCACCGCAGUGCCCUCACACGCAACCAGCGCUACACAUUUCCCGCUGAGGCGUGCAUCGUCAUCGAGGCAUAUGCUGACGCGAUCCUUCAGGUUGAAGGGUCAGCGACGGUUGCACAGGCACCGUUAAAUGGAACAUUAGAUGAAAUUCACGCGCUGCUCGACACGGCGCGGGCAGAUGCAACACUGGCGAUCCAAGAACGCGCGACGACCACGCUGUCCAGCUCCGAGGAGCUGAAGGAGUCAUGGCAAGGACCCCGUGUGCUGAUAGUUGGGGAAAACCAAUGGGAGCGCGAGCUGGUGGCCCGGUCGCUGCUGAAUCUCGCCGUCCGUCGGGACAGUCCGUACGGCAUCGCCUUCGUGGACGUGGACGUUGCGAUGCCGUUGGUUGGGUGUCCAGGCACCGUGUCUGCCGUCUUUGCGGAGGAGCCUGUUGUGGCACCGGAGGACUUUGAUGUCAUGAUGCCGCUGGCAUUCUUUCACGGCACGCCGUCCGUCACGAGUGUCACUCGCAAGCGCUACCUGGACCUGUGCGUCUGCGUUGCCCAGGCCGCUACAUCGCUCGGGUUCGCCAACGCGAAGUUCGAGGCCGGCGGUCUGCUGAUCCACACGAUGUCCCCUGCAACGGAGAUAGCGCACGACUUGCUGAGCGACUUAAUUUCCAUCUUCGCCGUCACGCACGUCAUUGUCACCGGGGCGGACUACGACCUGGAGAGGUUCCUCGUGAAUGCGGUGCUGGGCCGCAGUGUGACGUUUCUGCGCGCGGCGAAGAUGGCGGGUGUGACGCCGCCGAGCGCAGGUGCGGUGGCGCAGCGUCGGCAGCUGCAGCUGGAACGCUACCUCUUUGGCACGCCCCGCGCGCCGCGUCUGCCGGUACGUGGAGUAGCGCGCAUGAGCGACUUGGAGCUGAUGCACGCCGAGACGCUUCAGCGGCUUGAGUGGAACGAUGUCCCCGGUUUGAGCUUGGCAUCGGUGGUUUGGGCGGACACCACCGCCUCUGCCGGUGAGGCGAACGUCGCGGGCUUCGUCGUCUUGCUCGAAGUCGGGCGGGAAUUUGUGAGUUUCCUCGCACCGUCAGGUGGAGAACUCCCCAAGCCGUUUUUGAUUGUGUCGCCUUCGUUGCAGCUUCCACGCGAGCUUGUGAUGCCGCUCUACGCCACGGAGAGUUCAUAA